GUAUACUGAACGAUGACCUUGGUAUUAACAUGUCUUAUCUUUUGCUUCCGUCUAGAACCGAUCAUUUGAGAGGACAUUCGAAGAAAGUUCAAAAACCGAGAUCAAACCGUUUACGUCUGGAGUUCCGUUUCUCGCACCGAGUAGUGAAUAACUGAAAUUCUCUACCGGAACACGUAAUAUCAGCACCGUCUGUUAAUAUAUUCAAAACGAGAUUGGACCUCCACAGUAUUACAAACUGCAAGGAUUAAUACAGGUCGACAGACCUCCUAUCCUUUUUACUGAUGACUGAAGACUGUGAACGUUGUUUGAUCGAAACACAAGAAAAACUUCAAGGCUACACUAAGCGUGGGUUGUUUGAAGACUAAAUACCGAACCAUUGUCUAUUAUUUCUGUGGUUGUAUUAUGCUAUCAUCAUUCGAAUGUCAUAUUUAUCAUGUUUUAUCACAGUUGUUACCAGGCAGUAACUACAUAGUAGCAUUAUUCAUCGUGUGCGAUCAUUGUUAACUUUGAAAACAUCGACAUUAUCUCACUUAGUAUCUGUCAAUGCCAGACAUCUCGGAAUACCGACUCGGAAGUGCAUGUAGAAUAAACAACUCAGAUCAGUUUUCAGAAAAAGAUUCUGAGGCUUCUAUUCUGGACCCAUCUGGUUCGAUUGCAUUGAAACUUGAAGAGUGUAUAGUUUCUGUCCAAGAAUUGCAUCAUGUAGUCAAUGAUAAAGCAUCUUCUGACGAUAACGGUUCUAAUAACAACAAUCCAAAUAUGGAGGACGUCACUUGUUGUUGUCACGACAGUAAAAAUGAAUGCGGUAUACUCAAUGAUUCAAAUUCAUCAUCUUGGUUGCGACGUCUAUUUACGUCAAGCUUAUUUAAUUUAGAUAUGACAAUUCAAUAUUUAUUUAAAUCAGAGGAUGUGAAUGUACAAAUGUAUUUGGCUGAUCGAUUAUUUGGUUUUCCAGAAUCUGAUGUAGACUUUUACUUAUUACAACUUGUUUCUCUCUAUGAAAAAUCACCUUCAUUAGCUGAACACUUAACUAAUUAUUUUAUAUAUCGAUGUACAAAAUCUGUUUCAUUUGCAAUAAAUCUUGUUUGGUUAUUGGACUCAUUCAGUUCACAUUCAUAUAAUCCAUUGAAACGUGUUUCAUCAAUUCUACUUAAUCGUCCAUCAUCAGUGCCAAUAUUCUCUUAUGUAUCUAAUCAAUUGUAUUUAAUGAAUUCCAGUGAUAAUUCUCAAUCAAUCAAUAAUAAUAGUAAUAAUAGUAAAUUUAUUAAAUUAAAAUCUAGUUCAUCGGCUAUUACACCUUUACAAGAAUUAGAUUAUCAUAAUAGUAACAAUGGUGAUGAAAAUUACAAUACAAAUGUAGUUCCUACUCCUAAUACAACCACGACUAACAAUUCGACAGAAUUGUCCAAUGAUAAUCGAUUCGUGUAUACUGCACAAACUUUACGGGAUUUAUUACUACCAAUUGAUGAGACUACAUGGGGUAGUUUUAUUCCACAAUCGAUAGUUAAUGGAAGCUACAACAUGGGAUCGUAUAAUAAUGUUAAUACUCACUAUACACAUAAUACUUCUUCUCCAUCAUCUAAUUGUAAAUUAUCUCCAAAUAUUCAUCAUAAUAUCGGGCAUAAACGAAGUACAUCUGAUGUAACAAGUUUAAGAAAUUAUCAUUAUUAUGUAGAUAAAUCUAGACAUCGUGUUGUUAUGGAUCAGUUAGAUCUAAUGAAUAAUACUGAAACUAAUCAAACGAUAACAACAAUAACUUCUAAUCCAAAUCGUUGGUCAUCAUCACAAGAUUCAGCUGUUUGUUUAUCAACUAUUGAUGAUGUUGUAAACAAUCCAAUAACAACUCAAUCUAAUCAUAUCACAAAUCAAAUAUCAUUGAAUUCAAUAUGUCCUAUCAUAAAUCAUUUAUCAAAUCAAACAAAUCCUUUAUUAAAUGAAAAUCGACAUUCAUUACAUCAAUUACAUUUGAAUAAUCUUAAUCAAAAUCCAAUUAAAUCAAGUAUGAGUAUGAAUAAGAUUAUUACAAAAGAAAUUCUGCCACAAUCAUGUCUUCCGAAACAUUCUCGUUCAUCAGUUAAUUUACAACGAUUAAAUUCAUCAUUAUGUAUCAUGAAUGAUGAUAAUUCUGCACAAAUUAAAUCAUCAUCGUCUUUAAAUCAAACUGCCACUGUUCGUGGCGAGAAUAAUCAUAGGAAUGAUGUUGAUCGCAACUUAUCAUCAUACUCUACAAAUAAUAUAACUUCUGAUUUAAUGCUUGGAUCCUUAGAAGGAGUACCAAUACUUACAACGAUAACACUCACUAAAACAAAAUCAAUAAAUGAAGCAAGGAAAAAUCCAACUCACACUAUGGAAUCUUGUAGUUCCACAACAGAAUCGUCAAGUCCACUUGAUAGUGGUCUUUAUAUGACAGCUCCUAAUCGUUAUAUACAUAGUAGUUGCGAUGGUGUUGGUGUUGUUGACCAUGGUGAUGACGAUGAUGAUAAUGAUAAUCAUGGUGUUAAAUUGCAAUCACCAGAAAAUUCAUUUCAUUUACCACAUUGUCCACAUUAUCACACUACUUCAUCAGUUAUGUAUCGAACUUUAACAUUACGUAAUUAUCUAGUCCCUAGAAUAAUUCCUGAAUGGGAUUUUGUUGAUGGUCUUUUGAGAAUAGCUCGUCGAUUAGUACCAAUUAGUCCCAAAGAGCAAAGAACUGCUCAUUUACAGGCAGAAUUAGCAAAUUUAAAUCUUCAUUUACCUGCACGUGUAUGGUUACCAGUAAAUAAAGCUGGUCAUAUUGUUUUACGUAUUCCACCAACUGCUGCGGUAUGUUUAAAUUCUAAGGAUAAAGCACCAUUUUUAAUCUAUGUGGAAAUAUUGUGCUGUGAUGAUCCAUCAAUUAUUUCUUUACCAAGUCGACCGAUAACAGCAGCCAGUUCAAAAAGUUCCAAUUCAUUAUCUGCUGUUUAUCCAUGGAAUCCUAAUUCACAUACAGGUUGUUUUUCAUCUAAUGAAAUAACAGAAAAUCAUGAAAUCAAUGUAAAUACACGUACAUCAGAUGAAUUAAGUCUUCGUUCCUCUUCUAUAUCAUCUAAUGUUUCUUUAAGUGAAGAAUUAAUAAAUCCUAUAGAAUUUAAUCAUCAUCAUCAACAUCAACAUCCUCAUUAUCAUUUAACUAUAGAUGAAAUGGAUGAAAGAAAAGAGCAUACAACUAAAUGUACCCAUGAUCAAUUUGAACUUAAUGAAACUAUAAUGAAAGAUGAUUCUUUCACAGCUACUGAUUCAAUAACAGUAACUAAUGCUAAUCGAUCUAAAUCUCCAAUUUAUAUUGGAGCUGGUGAAAUACGUAAUCGACUUAAAGAACAAUGUGAACUUCAACCGCAUAAAUCGUUUAGAUGUGAUCCAGAAGAUCCAAGUGCAGCAGUGCUAAAAGAACCAUGGCAUGUGAAAUGUGAACGUAUACGUGCUACAUCACCAUGGGGUAGUUUACCAGGAUGGAUUCUAACCAGUGCAAUUGUAAAAGUUGGUGAUGAUUUAAGACAAGAACAAUUAGCUUAUCAAUUACUUACUGUGUUAAAAAAUAUUUGGUCAAUGGAGUAUGUUCCAUUAUGGUUACGUCCAUUAACUGUAGUUGUUAUAUCAUCUGAUAGUGGUUUUAUUGAACCUGUCCCUGAUACUGUAUCAUUUCAUCAAAUCAAACGACAUGCUCAUUUAUCAUUAUUAGAUUAUAUGCAUCGUGAACAUGGUGGAGAUAACUCUGAGGAGUUUUUAACUGCUCAACGUAAUUUUCUACAUAGUUGUGCCGCUUAUUGUUUAGUCGGUUAUUUGUUUCAAGUUAAAGAUCGACAUAAUGGUAAUAUACUAUUAGAUAAUCAAGGUCAUGUAAUACAUAUUGAUUAUGGUUUCAUUUUAUCAUCAUCACCGGGGAAAAAUUUAGGCUUUGAAACAAGUCCAUUUAAAUUAACAUUAGAACAAAUUGAUGUUAUAGGUGGUUUAAAUAGUGAUUUAUUUGAAUAUUUUAAAUUUCUUCUAUUACGUGGUUUAUUAGCUGCACGUAAACAUAUGGAACAGAUCUGUGUACUGGUUGAAAUAGCUCAUGCCACAUGUCCACAAUUACCAUGUUUUGCUCGUGGUAAUGGUUGUCGUACAAUUACUGAUUUACGUCAACGAUUUCAAUUAUCACGUACAGAAGAACAAUUAAAACAAUUAGUUGAUCAAAUGGUUCAUAAUUCAUUAAAUUCAGUUACAACAAAAUUAUAUGAUAGUUUUCAAUAUUAUACAAAUGGUAUCCAAUAGUAAUCAUCAUCAUCAUCAUCAUCAUCAUUCUAUAACUAGAAUAAGAUUCUAAUCCCAGUGACUAAAAGAUUCACAUUAUCUCUUAAUUAUACAAAUGAAUAAAGGAAGAAGAAGAAGGGGAAGAAGACAAAGCAAUGAAAUGAGGGUGGGAGGGGGGCUUGGCAAACAUAUAAACUAUGAUGAGGAUUGAUUACAAUGUGGUUUUCACUUCACUACUACGUUUCUCGUCGACGAUAUUAUCAUCACUAUCAUCAUCAUCAUCGUACCAAGAUUCAAUAUGUUCUGCUUCAACAUCCACUUGAUCAUUAUUGUUAUUCUCUUCCUCUUCCUCCUCCUCGUUGUCGUCGUCAUCGUCAACAUCAUCGUCCAACUCUCCUUCAUCUGCUUCCUCUUCUUCGUCUUCUUCCUCAUCUCCGAUCAACUUGACCGAGUCUAAUUCACUAUCUCCAGAAUCAUUUCGAUUGUUACUAUUCGAUCGUAGUGUUGUUGGAGCGAUAACAACAGACGGUGAAAUAGUUUCCUGUUGUUGUUGUUGUUGUUCUUCAAUAGUCGGUAUAUAAUUAUUAUUAUUUAUGGUAGUUGUUGAAAUUAAAUUAGCAUGAAACGGUAAUUUAUCAUCAAAUGAUGAUGGUUCCAUGGGGAUAGGUUUAUUUUGCAUUUCAGCGUGAAGAUCACGAUCACCUGGUAACUGUUGAGUUGGAUAAGCUGAAGCGGGUAAAUUUAAACGUGCUUUUCUAUCAGCUUUUAACCAUUUUUCUGUGGAUAAAGCCUCCUAAAAGAAGUCAAUAACAAUCGAAACUAAUAAUCUGAAUCUAACAAUUCUUUGAAAUGAAUGUUUUCGCAACAUUUUUUGUGUGUGUGUAAUGUAACAUUCAAUGAACAAAGACAAUCUGUUAAGAUCAUCGGGUUAAGAUAAGAUAUAUUGUUUACAAAUAUAAACAAUCGAAACUCUGGAAUAAUCAACACUACAUAUUAGCUUGUAGUGGAAUCCAGGAAGCGUAUUUCAUCUCAUUUGGGACUGGUCGGUAGGAUGUACAACAUGCAUCCCAGUGUUGAUGAUGUUUAAACUUAAACUUGAACCCAGUGACUAUUACUUCAAAUACUAGAGCUCACGAGUCCGAAAUAGAAUGAAACGCGCAUCCUGGAUUCUACUAAUAGCUACAACCCAGAUUUUCUACUCAAUAUCCUUAUGACUUUAAUGGCAAUCUGAACAUCAUGAAUACAUAUCGAAAAGAGACUGAUCAAUUGCAGUCUUUAACAUCAAUAAUGGGAAGAUUUAAGUGACAAAUACAAAUGAACUACAAAUUAACACAUAAUUGCUUGAAAAAUAAAAAACAUGACAACUAUAAGUGAAUAAGUGAAAAGGUGGGACUUUGAGAAGGUACUAGAUGUGAAUCCUGCAGUGAACACUAACGCUGGGAUGCCAGUACAUCCAGUAUAUAGGACGAAACGCGUGUCCUGGAUUUUACUGCUAGCCACAUUUGAUCUACUCUAUUCAGUGAUUGGCUUUUAGUAUUCCUGUAUGGCCUUUAAUAUAAGCUUUCAUUUGACACACUAACUGUUGAUGCAUAUUUUACCAUAGAGAAAUUGUAAUCAGUCAAUUAUGUACCUGUAUUAUUGAGUUGUCUGUCGUAAAUGCCCUAAUUAUACACAGAUUGUGAUUGUCUAUUUAUGGUGCAUUGUAGUUUUGUAAUUGAUGUAUGAGAUUUUAAGUAAUGAAUAUAAAAAGUAAAUUGGCCUUUUGAGGUUUUUGGCAUCCUAAUUGGACAGACGGUUUUCAUGCAUUUAUUUAGUUGUGUGUAGGCUGGGACACUGCAUGGGUGCCCAGACUGGACCAGGUACUUUUCUUAUGGGGCCACACCCGGAGCAUUCAACCUAAAGGUCUAAUCCAUAAGACAGUGAAGUAACAUCAUCAGAUGCAGUCUCAUGGUAGUCGGUGACCAACAAUAGGUUCAUACGCCAUUUGUUUGCUUAGGAUCCUGGAGACUAUAUGCACACCAUUGGUUUGGAAUCAGGGUUUUCCAACUCUCCUAGAUAGAUACUCUGUAUCCAUCUGCUUUUCUUCCUCUCAGUUUCGUAAACAACACCCCCUCUUUGAGAAUGCAGUGAAUAGGACGUCCCUGUCAGUGGCUGUAUACACGUGGUCAUUUGAGAGGGAGAGUUGGCUCUCCCCACCCUCGACUUUACCAGGACAUUCGGGAGCUUGAUCAGCAAUAGCAAGCUCAAUGGGGACAACAGGUAAAUUGAAGGUAAUCGUUAAUGUUAUUUAUUGUAUUUAGUGAACUGUUUAUCAAUAAACUUAAUAACU